UGGCCCCACUCUAGUUGGCUGUUUGCCCCACCAUGGGUGCUUAUCGUGGGGGCCAGAGGGCGUGAAGCGUCAUCGGUAGGAAUGGUAAGGUAGUUGGGUAGUAAUCCGUACAGAUACAGGACUUUGAGCUUUCCAACAACACUUUCAUCAUGUCUGCAGAAGUUUUGACAACCAUCUCCCCCACGACAAACGAACCUAUCCUGACCCGCAACGGCAUCUCGGACGUGGAGUUGGGUCUCCUCCCAAAAGCCGCCACAGAUGCUUUCAGGUCAUGGCGGACGACGCCACUGGCAGACAGACAGAUCAUCGUGAAGAAAGCUCUAACACUCCUUGCGACCAAGACAGAUGACCUCGCUCUUGAACUCACUGUCCAGAUGGGACGGCCCAUCGCAUAUACGGGCAAGGAGAUCACCACUGCCAUCAAGCGGGCCGAGUAUCUCCUGAAGAUCAGUGAUGAGGCUCUCAAGGAUACAGAGGGCGAGCCAGAGGCGGGCUUCAAGAGGUUCAUCCGCAAGGUCCCAGUGGGCCCAGUCCUCAUCAUCUUCGCAUGGAAUUACCCGUAUCUCAUCCUGGUCAACUCUCUGAUCCCAGCACUUCUGGCCGGCAACUCGGUCAUCCUGAAGCCGUCUCCGCAGACACCCACCGUCCCCGAGCAGAUUGCCAAGGUCUUUGGCGAGGCCGGCCUACCGCCGGGCGUGAUCCAGGUCUUCCACUCUGGCUCUCCCACGACGAUCGAGUCCAUUGUGAGAAGCCCCGAGGUGUCCGCCAUCUGCUUCACAGGCUCGGUCGCGGGCGGUCUGGCGGUGCAAAAGGCUGCGGCAGACCGCGUCGUCAGCGUCGGGCUGGAACUUGGUGGCAAUGACCCCGCCUAUGUCCGCGGGGAUGUAGACGUCAGGUGGGCGGCGGAGGAGAUUGUCGACGGCGCGGUCUUCAACUCUGGGCAGAGCUGCUGCUCCAUUGAGAGGGUCUACGUCGAUGAGAAGAUACACGACGAGUUUGUCGAGGCGGUCCGGGACGUGCUGAAGGGGUACAGACUGGGCGAUCCUUUGGACAAAGCGACCCAUCUCGGGCCGGUCGUCUCGAAGAGGUCAAAGGAGGCAAUCGAGGCCCACAUCAAGGAUGCACUGGACAAAGGUGCUAAGGACGCGACGCCCGAGAACGAGACCUUUAGCAACCGGUAUACGAAGGGGAAUUUUGUCGCCCCUUCCCUACUAACCGGGGUUGACCACAGCAUGGCGGUCAUGAAGGACGAGACCUUUGGCCCCGUCAUCCCUGUCAUGAAGGUCAAGAGUGACGAAGAGGCCAUCGGCUUGAUGAAUGACAGCGAGUUCGGGCUGACGGCCAGCAUAUGGUCCAAGGAUACGAACAAGGCGUACGAGCUGAGUGAGCAGGUGGAAGCAGGUACCGUAUUUGUCAACCGCUGCGAUUUUCCGAGUCCGGACCUCGCGUGGACUGGAUGGAAGAAUUCAGGUAAGGGGGUCACUCUGAGCCGCUUUGGGUUUGAGCAAUUUGUGCGAUUGAAGUCAUUUCACAUCAAGGAUUAUCCCCAGUAGGUAGGCCAAGGAAGGGGGUCACUUCUUCGACUGGAUCCCUUGUUCGCGGCGGAAGGGAGCAGCUGACCGACUCAUUUACACGUUCGAGACACGG